UGCACCAGAUUUUUUUUUUUUUUCAAAAUGGAAUAGCUGCUAAUGAUGUUAGAUGAAGCUCAAAAUAAUUGCUUGAACUAUUUUGAUGGGCACUUUAUGGAUUGUGCAUAUAUAGAGCAGACUUUUCAAUACAUUACAACUUGCUCGUCGUACAAUGGAACACAGGUGGAGGUUCCAUACAAGAAUAAAUGAUGCAUGAUUUAUGGGGUGACGGUAGCUUCUCCCCUAAUUGCAUAUCCAAUACCCUUCACCGCUUCUAAUUAGAGGAUCUGAUGUGCUUUAAAUGAUAGAGACGCAAAAACUUUACAAAGCUCAAAUAAAGCAGUGACAUCAUCUUCAUUAUGUCGUUGGAACCUCCCCCAAGGCCGCCGCCCCCAAGUCGGGGAAACAUUGCUUUUUCUGAACACAAUAUUCACAAUCUAAUUACAAUGUAUAUCUGCGAUUAGAAAUACUUUAGUCCCCCAUGUGGAUUUCUACUUGCUGGCUUGCAAAUUAAUUUUGAUGUUUCUUGCCAUUCAUUACGAAGGGAGCAAGGGAGGAGCCUGAGAAGAAAAUGUCCUUACAAAGACAAUGACGACUGGAGUACCAAAGUCGAGCUGUUCACAAUAUCACAUGAUAGUUUGGCUUGCUCUAAUGGUGUAAAUAUUACACGUUGGAUUAUUCUAAUUGCUUAUUUGCAUGGCUGCGCGAUGCACUAAUUAUAUUUUGCAAGAACUGAAAAUUAUUGAUAAGGUAUCAGCUCUGGAGCGAACAUGUAAUGUUUCCUUUUUUUUGUCAAUGUCUUUGUCUUAUGUGCUCCUGCUACAAAAUUAAUUUCAAUUUCAGGGACAAUAAUGAGAUUCUGAUGCUGGAUGGAAAAAGAAUGAUAUGGCAUUGCCUCGAACAUUUAUCAUGCAUUAUUUCUGGGGUUUGCAAUGAUGGGUUUUAAUGUUUCAAAUGGUGCUCUAACAAUUAUUUGUCAUUCUGACAGCGUCUCUGCACUUCACGUGCAUUUGCGAACCACCAUUUAUUGUUUGUGCCUUCUUUGUUUUUAUUUAGUGUCGUUUACUUGUAUGUCUAUCGUGUACUGUGUCUCGUCACCGUGGGAUAGAGGAAACGUAAUUUCGGUUUCUUUGUGUGUCUUGACAUGUGAAGAGAUUGACAAUAAAGCAGACUUUGACUUUGAUCGUAAUAUUUUCUAGACAAACACUGCCACCUAGCGGUUACUUAUGGAAACUCAAACCAACUACAAGAACAUGCACAACAACGCCACACCGUUAUUUGUGUACUUUUUAUUUUGCAGCUUUCAGUCGUCGAGCAUGAUAAAUUGUCUACGCACACUUUCCGCCUUCUUUUCUUUUCAAAAUGUGGCGUUUAAAAACUUCAUUAGGUGGAGAACUGAAAAUCAUUUCUCUGCUUUGAGGCGUGCAGUAAAGCAGCUUGACAGCAUUGAGCGGUCAGCUUGAUUUUUAGACUUCUCUGUUUGAAUAUGUGAAGUGUCAGUCGAAAGAUGUGAGAUACAUUACUUCAACGCGAGUUAUAUUUUACAUUUCAGGUAAGUUUAUGGAAACUCAUUGCUGCCACAAUAGCGGGUAAAAAAAGUUCAACAUCACGUUGUUGCAUUCGGCGUCACAAAACGAAGCAAUUAUUUCAGAUACAAAAACUACAGUUACCAAGACGAAUGUGCGACUUUUCUGGAAUAAGGAGUUUUUAAUUCUACAUCAAUUAGGCCACGUUGCUACGCUCCUGCUGUGUUAAGAUGAAGAAAGUAUUUGCCAGUUUCUCAAGUAAGAUGCGAUCAUCAAGUAGUGCUUCAGACAGUGGUAGCCCAGCCACUGCUGGUGCUGGCUACAAGGUGAAUAGCAGGAAAAUGGAAAAGUUCCACAAGGCUGCCUGGCUGGGUGACGUCACCAAGCUGCGGGGGCAUGCCAUGUGUGAUAUUAAUAAGGUGGACGAGCACAACAGGACUGCCCUUCAUUUGGCCUGCGCCAAUGGACAUGCUGAGGUGGUGGAAUUCCUCUUAGGGAUACAAGCCGACGUUAAUCUGCGCGACAACCACAGGAGGACUCCCUUGAUGAAGGCAGUGCAAUGCCAGAGUGAUCUGUGUGUGAACCUUCUGCUGGACAACAAAGCUGACCCCAACUUGACGGAUGUCGACGGAAACACAGCUUUACAUUUGGCGGCCAAUAUCCCCUCUCUCUCUUGUGUCAUCAUGCUCGUGAAGAAAGACGCUGACCUCAAUGUCAAAAAUCUGAAAGGCCUUUCACCCCUGACCUUGACAGUCCGAGGAGACCACGUCGCGGUGGCCGAGUAUCUGUUGAGGAAAGGCGCUGAUGUUAAUAUUUUGGACAAACACCAAAGGUCACCGUUAAUGAUAGCCGCUGGCAAUGGACACAUGGACAUGGUGCAGAUGCUUUUAUCCUUUAAAGCAGAUUUUACACUGAAAGAUAACAAGCGACUGUCGGCAAAGGACUACGCUGUUGAGAGCGGUCAUCGAGCCUGCGCCCUCCUUAUUAGUGAGCAAGCCAACCCUGUGGCGGGGUCCCCGGCAACUCCAUUUGUGCGUGACGAGAUCGUCAAAUUACAGCAAGUCAACCUUGCUGAAGCCCUGGAGACUUGUGGAGGACCAUCCACUAGCAAAGAUGGCUUCCAUUCGCCUUUUAGUGAAUUUGCCAGAGCUGGACAUGCUAUAAAAGAGAAAUUUCAACCAAAAGAGACAGACAAGAACAAAUGGCUUUUGAGCAAAUGUGAAGAAGAGAGCUUGGAAAAGCUUGAAUUGACGGAAGAACGUGGUUUUGGACAAUUUGACUGCAAGGAAGCCUUAGACAACUCAAGCAUUUCCAGUCCUGAAAGUCUGCCUGGAUGCGAAAAUGACCUUAAGCUUGAGGACGUCCAAGAAUGCUUCAAUUCAUCUCUUGAAGAAGAUGUUUUUUAUGUGCCUCCAAAGGCGCCCUUUGCGCUACCAAAACCAAUCAAUCCGGAUGACAAAAAACCCGUCGCAUCUCCGAGAUCACUCGUACGUCACCAUUCCCCAAAAGUGAUUCUUCAGGAGAGUGACGAAUCCGAUUGGGACGACGACAGUUUGAUUUCAUUUUGUGACCGGACCCAAAAGGACAAACGGCCGCUUGAGGAAGCAGUUGGGCGAGGCUCCCCCGAAGUCUCAACGACGUGUGACGGCAAACCGGGUUUUCAUUCUGUUGAGCAGCGGCAAAAGACGGCGACAGCGUUACCCGAGACCUGUAAUGAGAGUCUGAGCGACCGAGAGGAGGAGAAAUCCGUUUCAAGUCAUGUUCAAAGUUCUCGGGAGAAGUUCAACGCGCCCGUUUGUUCCGUUCGCCAAGCCUGCCGCUCAGAGUCCGGAUCAGACGACUCUGUGGCGGAGUCUCCUGGCUGCCCCCUGAAAAAUAACAAGAUUGCAGAGCGUCAGUCGCCUGCUCGUGAGAACAUCAUCGUGCUUGGAGAAGCAGAAGAGUCAUCUCAGAAUGAGGCGCCUCAGUUACUCGCCGAACAAAAGGUCGUCUCCAUUGCCCCCGCAGUUUGCACUGCUGGUCAAAACACGACUGCUGAGACCCAAGCUGGACCUUUUCACAACAAGAAAAUAGAACCUGCGGUGGCCCACGAAACUCAUUUGACAGUGCAGACGCCUCCAAAUGAGCCUAAAACCAACUUGGUGAAUCAAAUGAAAGCUUCUUAUCAAGUCCAGACAGCUGUCACCUCUCAGAGGGCGGAAUCGCCAAGUCAGCAGAUUUUCAACCCGAGCCCCGACGGAAGGACGAAGGACACCUCACAGUUUACCGUGGUUAGCGAAGCAUGUGACAUCAGUGUCACUCAGAUCAAGAGUGGAAUCGGCAGGGAUCUCUUAGGCUUCAGCAGCAGUUUAAGCGACCUGUCAGAAGAUGACGGAAGAACACCAAGCACUAUUGCCAUCACCGAAGACUGCGAGCUAUCCAAAGAUUCCGACGAUGGUGUCAUUUCAGAGGACUCUGACAUCAGACUGGACGCGGUCACUAAAGACUCCAGAAGUAAGAAGAAUCUGUGGGACAUCGACGAGCGCUGCUCGCUGAACGCAAACGGUCAUCAUGACAGACAGAGGCUUCAAGAACUGGAAAUCGCAAAUCAUCUCUUGGAGCAAAGCAAUGUGGAGUCGAAAAGCGAUGUGGAAAAGCUCACAUUUCAGCUGAAAAUGGCUAUUAAGGCCAUCGUGUCGAAUGAAAGUACCAACAAGAAGUUUGGGGAGGAUCGCGCGCAAACGCUUUUGCCGCUGAAUCACACCAUGCUCAAUUCAUGGAUGCACACGUUAAACAGUCAACAGGUCAAACUGAAAGAGAUGGAAGAGAAAUACAAAAGAAGCAAAAACAAUGAGGAGCAACUGAGAGCAGAACUUGAGGAUUUACAAGCCCACACCAGCAUCAAACAGCAAGACCUCGCCGAGGAAAAUGAGGCCCUCAAGGACCAGGUGGAAGAUCUUCGCCUUGAGCGGGAUCGGUCGGACUUGAAGAAAGCUCUGUGUCAAGAAAAGGACGAACAACAGCGACUCGCAAUCGCAUGUCUUCGCGACAAUGUCAAGAAACUCUCCCAGAAGCUGUCCAAGACCAAGACGCAGGCAAAUGCACUGGAGAGCGACGUUCGGCGAUAUGACGUGCAGAUGGCGGAGAAGGACAAGCAGCUGAGCUCCGCGCAACGCGACAGCGACCAGACGGCUUUGCGUAUCAAAGAGCUGGAAGCCGCCCUGCAAGCCGAGAAGGAGCUGGCCGCUCGGGCCGCGUUGCACCAAGAAAACGCUCAGGAGCACCUCAAGCAGGUUCAGAACAAAGUUGCGUCGCUGCGGCAACGGCUGGAGGAGGCGCAGAGCAAAGUUGAGGCCAAGGAGAACGCUUUGACGGACGCCAAAAAAGGUUUUGAGGAUGCCUUGUUUAAGCUUCGCAGUGAUUGCGAGGAAAAGGUCCAGCAAGGGCGGGCGGCGCAGAAGGAGCUUGCCUCCAAGGCGAAUGAAGUUGAAGUUCUCGUUCGGAGAUUGGAGCAGGAGAAAACAGAGAGGCAGACUUGCCAAAGGCAGCUGCAGCAAGAAUUAGAUGACUCCUUAAAGAAGCUCUCAAAGUGCGAAGCUUCUUUGGAGUUCAGCACGCGCUACCGCAUCGACUUGGAAGAAGAGAAGACUCGGCUCCUCCAAGACAAUGACAAGCUAAAAGCAAAGGUGGAAGAAGAGAAGACUCGGCUCCUCCAAGACAAUGACAAGCUAAAAGUAAAGGUGGAAAUGGCCCAAAAGAAAGCCGAGGAAUUAACAGAACAAAAAUGUUCCGUCAACUCUCGUCUGGACCAGGAGAUAAAGAGAAACUCGGAGCUUCAAAAGGAAAUCUACAGGCUUCAAUCUGUGGUUAAAAUUGCCAAGAAGAAACUGCAUGAUCAGCAAACAAGUGUCGAGGACAGACAAAAGUUAAAUCUCCAGGUUGACCAACUUCAGGCCAAGCUGGAGAAAGAAAUGUCCUCCUGCAGCCAGUUGGAGAGGACCAAGAAGCAGCUGGAGGAGGAGGUGCUCAAUCUGAGACGGAAUCAAGGACCCCCUUCGGACGGAGUCGGCCCGGCGCCGCCAGCCUACACCCAAUACCGAUGCCACUGCUCAAAAGUCCCCAACCUUCCGAGCGAAGGACCAAGCCGCAGUGUGGAGGACUACCUGGCCAAGAUGCGGCAAGAUCUGGACGAAGCCAUAUCAAGAGAAUUAGCCAAUUCCUCCGUGAAACUGGACAUGCCUUCGACGUGUGUGUCGCCUGCGAGUCGAGCAAGACAGCAGUAUGCCAAUAUAUUGAUGAAGAACCGGCAGGUAUAAAACCAGUUUGGACAAAGACACCGAAUUGGACUAUCUUGAGAAAUCCCACCCCAACCCAACUCAAGUGUUACAUGAAUCGACAAGUCAGCGUAAAGGACAGAAAUCAGUUGUAUAUAUUGGAGAUAUAUUUUGCUAUGUGGGCACCCUUUAGCCAACCAACACUGUUCCUUUGUCCAUUAAUGUUCUGUAUUGUGCAAAACAAGAACUGACAGAUGUGACACAUCCAAUUCCAUUUAAUAAAGUAUUUUCUAGGUAUGUAGCAACUUUGAGUGGUAACAGAACUUAUUACAUCGACCAACCAUCUACAAUGGCGAAUUAUAACA